AUAAAGGAUGACACUAUACACUAUGAUGACAUGUCCAAAGCUUCUGAGAAAUUCAACAUUUUUUUUUGGUGUCAGUCUUGCCGUGGCGAGUGAGAUUGUAGAAACUGGUGAAGAGGUUGAGAGUAAAUAUAUACUGAAAAUGUAAAGGAAGGAAUGUCGAGGAACGGAUGAAGUAACCAUUGGCACCGUGAGAAAACUCAAGAGUAAGAAGUCAAAAAUAUGCCAUUAGAGGGACGGGGCUGACAUGGAUAAGUAAUUAUUUACAAAAUCAAUACUGAUAUGAAUAGGAAAUUUUAAAUCGCAGUUACAGAAAAGUACAUGUGGGGUGUCACACCAAAAACACCCCAAAGAACACUGUUUGCGAUUGACACAAAGCUCCUAUGCCAUACAACUUGGAGCAGCUCUUACAAAAUGCAGGUGAGAGGCGAGCCGGAUCACGACCUGGUUUGACCAAAAUAAAUUAAAACUAAAUGGAAGAAUGAAAGGAAGGACGAGUAAAGAGAAGGAAGAAAAAUUCUACUUUGGAGUGAGGAGAUUAAACAGUUUAAUAAAUGUCACUGUAACAAACGUGCAAAAUAUAAUGAAAAAACAAAACAUGUCCUACUUUGGUCCCACUCUGAAAAUAGUGUAAAUGCAUUGACCCGUGAUGUCACGAUCCACGACUGACGACGCGGAGGUGGGGCCCCCCAGCCAGCUGUGAUGCCCCACUGUCACUAAGUGAUGACGUCAAGAAAGCCCAAUGGUGACACGCACAGAGCUCUGAGGCGGCCAGUUGAAGCCAGAAGAGAGACCAGUGCAGUCGGAGCGUAAGCCCCGCCAGCCAGCACUGUAGUGGGGAGGGGGGGAAAAAAUCAAGACAUCACGGCGUUUUUUUUUUUUUUUUUACUUCUCCCCCUCAUCUCCGCACCAUGGACGCCUUCACCGUGCACGAAAUGCUCAACUCAACAGAAAUGAGCGCGCUUUUGUGCAAAUGGGGCGUCAGCAACUUCUCGGGUUGUGGUGAGCCUUCGAGAGUGUCAACAGCGGACAUGGGCGUCAAAGAUCUCAACGGUGCCGUGCGGGUCUUCCUGUACUGCGUCAUCUUCCUCAUCAGCGUGGUGGGGAACAGCCUCAUCAUCACGGUUCUCUCUCGGAACCGGCGCAUGCGCACCGUGACCAACUUGUUCCUGCUCUCCCUGGCCGUGAGCGACCUGAUGGUCUCCCUGGUGUGCAUCCCCUUCACCCUCAUCCCCAACCUCAUGCGGACCUUUGUCUUCAGCGACAUCACAUGCAAGAUGGUCAUGUACUUUAUGGGGGUCUCUGUGAGUGUUUCCACCUACAACCUGGUGGCCAUCGCGCUGGAACGCUACAGCGCCAUCUGUAGACCGCUGACCUCCAGGACGUGGCAGACCAAAUCGCACGCUCUGAAGGUCAUCAGUGCCACCUGGCUGACGUCUUUGUCGCUUAUGCUGCCCUACGCCUAUUCCAGCACGCUGACGCCAUUUAAUCGCCGCAACAACACCGGCGGCUUCAUGUGCCGCAUGACGUGGAGUAACGGAAACCUCCUGGCAUAUUGGUACGUGUCCUUGUUGCUGCUGCUCUUCUUGCUGCCCGGCGCUGUGAUGCUGACUGCCUACGGACUCAUCUCUGUGGAGCUCUACAAGGGGAUCAGAUUCGAGCUGUCCAACAGGACAUCAGCCAGAGACAGACCGGCAAGCUUUGGCAGCCUUCGAGCAAGCGACGGCGACGGCUGCUACCUUCAUUUAAAAAAGAAAAAUGGGUCGCAGGGUAUCGGCAAUCCCGGCGCUUACGCCACGGUGGGCCGCGUGGGCCUCCGAAGCAACACGGCCAACCUGCUGGCCAAGAAGCGAGUGGUUCGCAUGCUCCUGGUCAUCGUCUGCCUGUUCUUUGUGUGCUGGACCCCGAUCUUCGUGGUAAACGCGUGGAAGGCUUUUGACUCGCGGUUGGUCUCCCGUCUGACAGGCGCGCCCAUCUCCUUCAUUCACCUCCUGUCGUACACGUCCACUUGCGUCAACCCCAUCGUCUACUGCUUCAUGAACAAGCGCUUCCGCCAGGGCAUGGUGACCACCUUCUCAUCCUUGCAGCUCAAGGCGCGCGUCAUAGACAUUUGGACCCAGAUCAUCGAGGCGAAAUGGUACGAGGGGCCCGAGGAGAGUGCUCUGCACAAGCGCCAGGAGAGGCGGAAGCAAAAGCGCCAACAAAAGCGGCUGGAAAAGCGACAGAUGAAGGACCAGCGGAGGCUGGCGCGGCGCGGCGUGCCAUCCGCCACGCCGCUCGUCGCGGAGAAUGUCCAGGAGGCCUCCCAGCCGAUACCCGAGCAGGUGCUCGAGCAACUUCCCGGGGACGUCCUCGAGCAAGUUCUCGAGCAGCUUCCCCAACUGAAUACCGAGCCAUCUGCCGAGCAGAUCGGCGAAACCUUCGUGGAGCUAUACAUUGAUCCGUACCCCGAGCAGAAUGUCGAGCAAACGCCGGAGCAGAACGCCGAGCAAAACAGUCAAGGUGCUCUGGGCGGCCUCACCAAGUACAUCAGCUUCACCAGCAUUCGCUCGCUGCUGCCACCAGAAUUGGUCUGAAGUGGUUUUCAGUUCAUCGCUGAAACUCUUUGGGAGCCCGACAAUGGGUAGCCUCAUUUGUAAAAUGUUUGGAUGCUUGACUAAGGGGAAAAUGGUUCCUUCAUCCAACAACAUGGACUUCAAAAGGCAGGAGUCUCCGAGAAAACAUUGUGCGGCAUUUGAAGGUACGGUACCUUUAAAAGCUCCACAGAAGACACUAUUCUCCAGCGUAGUCCCUGAGGGUACACAUCUACUGUCAUAGGGAUCAAUAAUAAAGUCACUGGACGAAAGGCCUUGAAGGUGCACAGAGAGACAUUCUUCUAUGAAUAGCCUUGAAAAUUGUUUCACACCUAUCUCAAGCCAAAAAAGCAAAUACGGCGGAUUUCCCAGGACGUGUGACGGACGAAACAGACUCACAAAUCCGUGUGUGUUUACUGUCAGGUGUCGGUCUUAUCUUGAUGUGAGUGGGAAGCGGAACACCUGCUCCGUGGAAAGUUUUGAUUCCCGGUAUUGCCCAGCACACUUCCACAGACUCAAUCUGCAAACAAACAGCAGUGAGAAUGAGGUCAUCUCACCGAUCGAACAUUUAUUGAUACUGUGUGCGCAUAUUUUUUUUUUUCCCUUCCAAAUGGCUCUUACCUUGUAGAUCAUUUUAUGUAGACCACUAGAGAAGUCCCGGUAUGACUGGAGCCUUAAGAGACAUUCUUGGGCUGGAGAGAUUUUUCAUUAUGCUUGUGCUGGCCCAAUUAAAAAAAAAAAAAAAAACAUACAAAGGUAGAUUUUUUUUGUCACUUUUUUUAAUUCUCGUUUUUAUGCCAUUUUUCCCGUGUUUUUUUUUUUCAAUGACAUACAGAUUUGAGCAUGAACCGGAGCUGCGAUAUGUACAAAAACUAUGCUAUUCCAAAAACAGAAAAAAAAAAACAAAAACAA